UUCCAGAAGUGAAUAAACUUAAGGACUAAUUUGGUAUUUUACUCUCAUUUCUUUUUCGGAAGAAAAAAAUAAAGGAGAAAAAAAAACAUGAAACAAAAAUAUUGGAAAAAGGAAAACGGGCAAUCGCUGACGGUAGUGACAGAGAGUGAAGAACUCUACGCACAAUUUCUCCGGCGACCAGAAAGAAGUGGAUAAAAACGGCGUCGUUUCAUCUUUUUCGGCAGAUUACAAGGGAAUUUGAUUUUGUGCUGAAUGUGGAGAUAAUGUUAAAUGUUGGUGAAACUGCACAAAAAUAAUGCAGGUCGUCUUCUUGUGCUGAGAGGGACAUAAAGACCCAAGAUCUACUUUAUAGGCCAUAGUCUGAGACCAACAUGCAAGCAGCUUCUCAUUGCUAUCCUCUUCUUCACUUUUCUGGAAGAGGCAGGUCUAGUAAAUUGAGUAAUCACACAAGUGUAAAAUUUUUGAGCUUGAACCGGAUUCCCCAGAAAUUUGACUUUAAUGUAGGAGCUCAGAUCCAGAAGGUUCUAAAACCUUCCAAACUGAAAAGGUUCUGUGUGAUUCCUAACUCUAAUGAUGGUUAUCCAAGUCUCUCUGUCUCUGAAGAGGACACAACGACAUCUGAAAAAGACACAUCUACGGUGGAAGAAUGGGAAAAUGGUGGAGAAACGUUCUUGAGUAAGUGGUCACCUCCCAGGUACUUAUGGAGGGGAUUAUCAGUUCUUAUCUUGGCAGGGCAGGUUAUUGUUAGGAUCAUAAAGGGUAAAAUCCACUGGAGGAAUACUCUUCAGCAGUUGGAAAGAGUUGGACCUAAAUCAGUGGGUGUAUGUUUGUUAAUUGCAGCUUUUGUUGGCAUGGCCUCCACUAUCCAGUUUGUUAGAGAAUUCACUAGAUUAGGGUUGAAUAGAUCUGUUGGUGGAGUUUUGGCCCUUGCCUUUUCAAGAGAGCUAAGUCCAGUUGUCACAUCAAUUGUAGUUGCUGGGUGUAUCGGUAGUGCAUUUGCUGCAGAACUGGGUACAAUGCAGGUAUCUGAGCAGACGGACACACUUAGAGUUCUUGGUGCAAAUCCUGUUGAUUAUUUGGUGACACCAAGAGUGAUUGCUUCCUGCAUUGCCUUACCAUUUUGGACCCUAAUGUGCUUUACUGUUGGAAUGGCAUCCAGCGCCUUUUUAGCUGAUGGUGUUUAUGGAAUUAGCAUAAACAUAAUUUUGGAUUCUGCUCAGAGAGCUCUUAGAUCAUGGGACCUUGUCAGUGCGAUGAUUAAAUCACAGGUGUUUGGUGCUAUUAUAUCUAUCAUAAGCUGUGCUUGGGGAGUCACCACAAUGGGAGGUGCCAAAGGGGUUGGAGAGUCUACUACUUCAGCGGUAGUUUUAUCUCUUCUUGGCAUAUUCGUAGCUGACUUUGCUCUCUCUUAUUGUUUCUUCCAGGGUGCUGGUGAUUCCCUGAAGAACUGUGUAACAUUUCUCGUGUUUUUCAUUUAUUGAAGUUUCACAAUAUGCUAUAGCCAUGUUAAUUUAUUGUUUCGAGAGAGUUGACAUUGAUGAAUGAAUGAAUGAAUGAGAAAUGGAUGUAUGUUAGUAUGAA